CAGUUCUCGCUGUCACUGUUAGGUCUAUGCGGAGCUCGUUGAAGAAAAGCCAAUAGGACUACAACUCCCAUAGAGCACUGCUGCCCAUGUGCUUGUAGCUUUGCAGUGCGUUGCAUCAGCUGUGGCUGUCGUACUCGUUGCCGGUAGUUGGUGGUGUGUUCAUUGAGCCGGCAUGAAGCUGUAUGUGAGCGACGGGAACCCGCACGGGUUAAAGGUGUUAGCCGCUGCGGGACUCUGGGCCAAUGGGGUAGAGAUCCAGAGGUCACAGCAGGACGAAAAAGUUGUGCCUUUCCUGUCACACACGCAACUGCCUGCACUAGAGCUUGACAAUGGGAAUUACCUGUUUUCUGCUAACGCCAUCUGCAGAUAUUUUUCAUUAGCAGCUGGGAAGGACCAGGAUGACCUAAAUAAUCAGUGGUUGGAAUGGGAAGCAACCGAGCUUCAGCCAGUGAUCUCAGCAGCCUUGUAUGCAAAUUUUGUGCAGGGGAAGAAAAAAGAAGAAACUCUAGCAACAGUCAGCAAGAAACUUGGAUAUGUUUCUCAAAGUCUGGCUAAGAAACCAUAUCUCACUGGCGAUGCAGUAUCUGUUGCUGACAUUGUGGUUUGGGGGGCCAUUUUUCCUGUCAUUUCCGAGGGGUCUACCUUGUCAGAUGAUUUGUCCUCCCUAAAGAAUUGGUUCAAAAAAGUGACUGAGUUGGAUUCAUGUCAAAAAGCUGCUGAAUCUCUCCUUAAAGGCCAGGGACCCUCAGUAUUUAAAGGGUAUCUUCAAAAAAUGCCUCCUCCUGUACUCACCCCUGACACCCCUUUCUGCAAUGAGCAGGAGGCGGAGGAUGCAGCAGCCCAAACCAUCUCUGAAGAAGACAUUGCAGCUGCUGCCGAAUCCUGGUCCAAGGGUCUUACUGAUGUUACUAGGCCAAAGCUGAGGCAGCACCCGAUACUUCCCAUAGAUGGGGAGAAGAAUGUUUUGAUCACCAGUGCCCUGCCCUACGUGAACAACGUUCCUCACUUGGGAAACAUCAUUGGCUCUGUCCUCAGUGCUGACGUCUUUGCCAGAUACUGCAGGCUAAGGAAUUGGAACAUCCUCUAUAUCUGUGGGACAGAUGAAUAUGGAACAGCCACAGAAACCAAAGCGAUGGAGGAAGGGUUGACCCCACAGCAGAUCUGUGACAAGUACAAUGCUGUGCACACCGCCAUAUACAAGUGGUUUGGUAUCUCCUUUGAUUUUUUUGGAAGGACCACAACUGCACAGCAAACCACAAUUGCUCAGGACAUCUUCAAUCGACUCCUGCAAAGAGACUUCCUGCUGAAAGAUCAGGUGGAGCAGCUCCGAUGUGAGAACUGUCAAAGGUUUCUUGCCGACCGCUUUGUGGAAGGAACCUGUCCAUUUUGCAACUAUGAUGAAGCCAGAGGGGACCAAUGCGACAAAUGUGGCAAGCUCAUCAAUGCUAUAGAAUUAAAGAAACCUCAGUGCAAAGCCUGUAAACAGUCUCCUGUGGUUAAAUCAUCUCAACAUCUCUUCCUGGAUCUUCCUAAGCUGGAAAAGCGCUUGGAGAGCUGGAUGGAACAGUCCUUUGCCACCGGAGACUGGACAGCAAAUGCCCGAUAUAUAGCCCGCUCCUGGAUUCGUGAUGGUUUGAAGCCAAGAUGUAUCACCAGGGACUUGAAGUGGGGCACACCUGUGCCGCUGGAAGGUUUCACAGACAAGGUGUUUUACGUCUGGUUUGACGCUCCAAUUGGGUAUAUAUCCAUUACUGCCAAUUACACAGACCAGUGGGAGAAGUGGUGGAAAAAUCCUAAACAGGUCCAAAUGUAUAACUUUAUGGCAAAGGACAAUGUUCCAUUCCAUAGUGUUAUCUUCCCAUCCUGUCUCCUGGGAGCAGAAGACAACUACACUUUGGUUAACCACCUCAUAGCUACAGAAUACUUGAAUUAUGAGGAUGGAAAGUUCUCCAAGAGCCGUGGAGUGGGUGUAUUUGGUGACAUGGCAAAGGAUACUGGUAUUCCCGCUGACAUUUGGAGAUUCUAUCUGCUAUACGUGCGGCCCGAGGGACAAGACAGUGUAUUCAGCUGGGGUGAUCUGAUGCUAAAGAAUAACUCUGAGUUGCUUAACAACUUGGGAAACUUUGUGAACAGAGCUGGCAUGUUUGUGCAGAAGUUUUUCAAUGGACAUGUUCCCAAGAUGGAGUUGCUAACCGAGGACAAAAGGCUUCUGGCUCAGGUCACAGCUGAACUGCAACAAUAUAACCAACUGCUGGAGAAAGUCCGCAUUCGUGACGCCCUGAGAUGUAUUCUGAACAUUUCUCGUCAUGGGAACCAAUACAUCCAAGUUAAUGAACCAUGGAAAUGCAUUAAAGGGACCCCACAAGAACAGACACGUGCGGGUACAGUGACUGGCUUGGCAGUAAACAUGGCAGCUCUGCUUUCAGUCAUGCUGCAGCCCUAUAUGCCCUCAAUAAGUGCUGUCAUCCAAGAGCAGCUACUCGUGCCGCAGGAAGCAAGUGUGCUGACCAAUAACUUCCACUGCAUGCUACCUCAAGGACACCGCAUUGGAGCAGUCAGCCCAUUGUUUCAGAAGUUGGAGAAUGACCAGGUGGAGGCUUUGAAGAAACGUUUUGGAGGUGGACAGGUGGAUUGUAACGGCACAGAGAAGCAGGUGAAAGCUGAGCCUAAAACACCCUCACCAGCAGCCGAGCCGGCCAAAGAAACUGCAAGUGUUGGUGAUCCAGCGAGAAUAAAAGAGCUAAUGCAAGAGGUAGAGAAGCAGGGUACCCAGGUUCGGGAAUUAAAGAGCAAGAAGGCAGAGAAAGCUCUGAUUGACAGUGAGGUUCAGAAGCUUCUAGCUUUAAAGAAAGAACUUGCAUUGGCGGAAGGAAAGACCCCAGAACCACCUGCUCAGAAAGGGAAGAAGAAAUGACUCCAUAAUUUAUAACUGUGACCUUGUAGGGCGUCUGCAACACCGAACGGGUUAACUUUGUGAACAUUUUAAAUAAAAUGAUUCUGAUCCUUGUUUACAUGGAGUGUAAUGUAUUGCAGAGGAUU